ACCAGUGCAGGAGGUCCUCUGGUCAUCUGUCACUAACAAAAAGAACAACAACAAGUUGAUGGAAGAGGGUGUCAUGCAGUUCUGUCUGUGUAAGCUACGUACCCACCAGUGGUGCUUCCUCUUCUUCAAUGUGCUGCUCUUCCACUGCUUGUUAUUUGGGGCCGAUUUCAUUGAGGAGUACCUGCUGCAGCCCACGCCUGGGGUUUAUGCUGAUGGCACGGUUGUAGGCGUGAGAGAGAAAGCAAGGAAACUGGACCUGAGCAACGCCAAGGAAAAUGUGUCACAGGCUUAUCCUAUCGCUAACCCUGAUGUCUGCAAAACCUCUGACCUUUUCCUCCUCACUCUUGUCUUCAGCUCUCCAGAUAAUAUCACCCAAAGAGAUGCAGUUAGGAGGACAUGGGCCAAUCAAACACUCAUCCAAGGCUUUCCAGUGCAGAUACUGUUUAUCAUCGGAUCAACUCAGACUUCUGCUGCACAGGAAGCCCUCAUGAGCGAGUCUGAACGUUAUGGGGAUGUGGUCCAAGGUCAUGCUACAGCUGACUCAUCCCUCCAUGGCCCAACAGAGAAGACAGUGCUGGCUAUCCGCUGGGUGAUCACCUUCUGCCCUCUGGCACGCUUUGUCCUGCUGACCAAAGAGUCUGUGUUUGUCAACCUUCCUGCCAUUGUAGGCUAUCUGCUUGGCUUACACAGGCACCCUGAGGACUUCUAUCUGGGCAGAGUGAUCCAGAGAGACUCUCCUGACAGGGAUCCCAAUAGUCCUGGCUACCUGCCCCCAUCUCUCUACCCAAGCAAAUACCUUCCUGAAUACUGUGAAGGGGCAGCUUACAUUCUGUCCCAGGACGUGGUCCGAAAAGUGUACGUAGCAUCCGCAGAGGUCCACGCACCUGUGCCAGCUGAUGUUUUUGUGGGACUUUGUGCUAAGAAGGCCGGUGUUGCACCAACACACAGUGCCAGGUUCUCAGGAGGAAAACACAUCCGCUACAAUGCCUGCUGUUACCACUAUAUGUUCAGCUCAGCAGGAAUGGGGAGCCAUGAACUAGACAGAGUGUGGACUGACCUGAGACAGAGGGAUAGAAAAUGUUCGCUGUUGCAGACCUAUUACGGACUGGUGACCUGCAAAACCCUCACUUAUCUGGAUAAACUGUCCUUCUUCAACUCACAGGAAGGCAAUUAA